AGUACAGCAGCCACAAAGCAAAUGCUUGGAGAGAGUGUGGGAGCUGGAACAGAGAGAGUACAGGAGCUGCCUUGUCUACAUCAGGAGACCACGAAGUGGUGCAGAUACAGAAACUGGGUGAUCGCUGUCUCCUGGAUUUAGCAGUUAAGACCUGGAACAAGCUGAAUGAGAUCGCUUUAACUGAAAGCCUCAAAGUAAAAAUGAUUCCAACCAUUUCUUUAUUGAUUAUAACUUUGCACCUUUUGAGUCAGUACAGCUCCUGUCAGCAACUGGUUACUGGCGAAGUUGGGCGACGAAUGCUUACUCAGAUGAGGGAAACAAACCAGGAACUGGCAGAAAUCAAGCAUCUCCUAAAACAGCAGAUAAAGGAGAUCAUCUUUCUGAAGAAUACGUUGGCAGAAUGUAAUUUCUGUGGUCUCCAAAGUGAAUGGCAGCACGAGACAAUCACUGUUUACCCAUUUGGGAGGUGUGAUCCCAAUCCAUGCUUCCCUGGGGUUCAAUGCUCAACAACAUUCAAUGGAUUUCGCUGUGGGCCCUGCCCUAGUGGCUUCACAGGGAAUGGAACACACUGUACUGAUGUGGACGAGUGCCAGACACAUCCCUGCUACCCUGGGGUCCGAUGCAUUAACAUGUCUCCUGGUUUUCAAUGUGACCCCUGCCCAGAUGGCUACACUGGCCCAAGAAUCCAGGGAGUUGGAGAGACAUUUGCCAGAACACACAGGCAGAUUUGCCGCGACAUCAAUGAGUGUGAGAAUAGUCUCAAUGGUGGCUGUGACCCAAAUUCAGAUUGCAUCAACACUCCGUGUGCAGUCAGAUGGGCUGGAAAUGGCUACAGAUGUGCAAAGGACACAGAUAUCGAUGGGUUUCCGGACGUGACACUUGAGUGUCCUGAAAGAAACUGCCGCAAGGAUAACUGUAUGACAGUGCCAAACUCUGGGCAGGAAGAUGCUGAUGGAGAUGGUGUUGGAGAUGCCUGUGAUGAUGAUGCAGAUGGAGAUGGAGUUCCAAACCUUGAGAUGUUGCCAGACCUGCUGCGGUUCUCCAGUGAUUUCUUUUUGGCGUGUUCCAAGAGGUUUAUAUCGAGAGUAAUCAAUACCCCGGAGUGAGUUACAGACUGGAAUCUAA